UAGUUAAUGCGCUUAUAAAAGGGAGCAAUUAAAACAAAUAAUUGGUCAACAAAUCUAAUUUUUGUUUGCUCUACUCUACUUUCUCAAAAAUGGGCAUCAAAGGGAAAUUGGAAGUUGAAGUUGAUAUAAAUUGUCAUGGUGAUAUUUUUCAUGAAAUUUUUAGCACGAGGCCUCACCAUGUCUCCGACAUGUCUCCCUCAAAUAUUCAUGCUUGUGAUGUGCACGACGGUGAAUUUGGCAAGCCUGGCUCUAUCAUUAACUGGGACUAUACCCUCGACGGAAAAAAAUGCGUCGCAAAGGAGCUAGUGGAAGUAAUUGACGAAGAGAACAAGCUAGUGAGAUUCAAAAUCAUCGAAGGAGAUCUUCUAAACGAGUUUAAGACCUUCACUCUCACAGUCCAAGUGAUUCCAAUGGGUAACAUAACCGGAGUGAAAUGGAUUGCUGAGUUUGAGACAAUAGAUGAUAAAGGCCACUAUCCUACCAAGUUAAUCGACUUUUGCAUUGCAGUCUCUAGAGAUAUCGAGGCUCAUCACCUUAAAGACGACAAGUAAUCGAUUAGCUCUACGUCGAAAACUACUGAUCGAUCGAUGGCCUAGUGGGCGGCAUCUAGCAAAUAACGACGUAUAGCCGGGUGUGUUAUUAUCGUUUGUUGUAUGCAAUAUGUUUACAAUAGUGAAAUGUACAAUAUGGUGUCAAGUGUGUGCUACUAUACAGCUGGUCAUCAAAGACUGUCUAUUUGCUGUUGUUUUAUAUUUGCUUGUGUGCAUCUUUAUAAAAUACUUGCACUUUAUGAAUGCUUUAUGAAUAUAUAUACUCCGGUCGAUCCA